GAAGCCCCGGCCGGCCCGGCCGCCCAAUGGGCUGGGGCUGCGCGGCGCCGGGGCCGGGGCCGGGGCCGUCACUUCCUGGCCCUGCAGCCGCCGGCAGCGAGGCCACAGCCGGGGCCGGGGGCGCCCGCAGCCCGCCCGCCACCACCACCGCCACCACCAUGCCCUUUGACUUCAGGAGGUUUGACAUCUACAGGAAGGUGCCAAAAGACCUUACACAGCCAACCUACACAGGGGCCAUUAUCUCUGUCUGCUGCUGUCUCUUCAUAUUGUUUCUCUUCCUGUCUGAGCUCACGGGAUUCAUAGCCACUGAAAUAGUUAAUGAGCUCUACGUGGAUGACCCAGACAAAGACAGUGGAGGGAAAAUAGAAGUGAACCUGAACAUCAGUUUGCCAAACCUGCACUGUGAAUUGGUUGGACUGGACAUCCAGGAUGAAAUGGGAAGGCAUGAAGUGGGUCACAUUGACAACUCGAUGAAGAUCCCUCUCAAUAAUGGGGAUGGCUGCAGGUUUGAGGGCCAUUUCAGCAUCAACAAGGUCCCUGGUAACUUCCACGUGUCGACGCACAGCGCGACGGCGCAGCCGCAGAACCCCGACAUGACUCACGUCAUCCACAAGCUCUCAUUUGGGGACAAGCUGCAGGUCCAUAACGUCCACGGAGCAUUCAAUGCCUUGGAGGGAGCAGACAAGCUCAGCUCAAACCCCCUUGCCUCUCACGACUACAUCCUGAAGAUCGUGCCCACGGUGUACGAGGACAUGAGCGGCAAGCAGCGAUACUCCUACCAGUACACCGUGGCCAACAAGGAAUACGUGGCCUACAGCCACACGGGCCGCAUCAUCCCGGCCAUCUGGUUCCGCUACGACCUGAGCCCCAUCACAGUGAAGUACACAGAGAGGAGACAGCCUCUGUACAGGUUCAUCACAUCGAUAUGUGCCAUCAUUGGAGGAACAUUUACUGUAGCUGGGAUCCUGGACUCCUGCAUUUUCACAGCAUCAGAGGCCUGGAAGAAGAUCCAGCUGGGCAAAAUGCAGUAGCAGUGAAACUCUACCCUCGACUCCAAGGACAGGAGCAAAGAUUGACAAAUCUACCACUACCUGUUUUUGUCUUUAUUUUCUAUUUGAUUGAAUCAGUAUGUUUUUCUCUAAUCAGGCUGGUCAGCGAAGACAUCGUCAACAAAUCAAAGAAAUCUCCAUGCAUUUCAGAGCUCUGAGAGGGAAAAAUCAGAGGAAUCAGGGUGUGGAUUCCCUCCCCCCAGAGAGAGAGGUUGAAAUGCCAUUUGAGAUCCAAGUGAGGAUGGCAGUCUGUGCUCUGGGAGGUUCCUAUGGCAGUGUACAAACUAGGGAGUAGAUGGCAAAGAGCCGAACUUGCUUGUGGCACUUUUUGGAGUUCUGUUGGAUUUGCAUGAUCAGACAAUCGACUUUUGUAUAGGGCAAAAUUACACAUGAGGAAGAAAUUCCACCCGUGGUGCCAAAAAGGUGAUGUAUCUGUUGGUGAGGAGUGGAAAGUGUUAGUCCCCACAGCAAACCUAAGAGACAGAGGGCAGAAAUAACACCAGGAAAUGUUUUGUGCUUCUGUUGAAAGCUCAGUUGUUCAGAUACAACCUUCCUAACCAAGUGAAAAAAGAACAGGAAGCCUUCCCCAGCUACCUUUUCCUAGGUGAUCUGUGAUCCCAGCAAUGGAGGGCAUUUCUUUUACUCUGGAUGUAAAAGUGGUUUCAUUCCUUCCCACUAACUGAAUAUCCAGUCUUGUGUUUACAGGUGGCAUGAAGUAAAAACCAAACUGAGCAACACA